CGGGGGUGCUGGAGGCCUGGCACAGUGGGUGCUGGUGGAGCUGCAGGGCGAGGUUGAGCCCCGGCAGAGCGGCGAGCUGGCGGGGAGCCUCCUGGGAGACCUGCACUACACCCGCGAGGUGAGGCCGCUGCUCAUCGUGGGCCACCACAUCCUCUACGGGAAGGUGGUGCAGCUGGAGAAGCCCUUUGCCGUGCUGGUGAAGCGGGGAGCUGCCGAGCCCAGCCAUGAGUCCAGCCCUGCGGGGCCGCAUGCCCGCUAUGCUGUCACCGCCCUCAUCAAAACCAAGCUCCUCUUCAAAACCCGCCCCAAGCCCAUCAUCACCAACGUGCCCAAGAAGGUGUGA